CAAAGCCGCCACUUCUUGAUGGUCAAGUAAACAAAUACAUUCAUACAUAAGGCAGGCACAUUCACAUAUAUAUACAAAGAGCAAGUCCAAGUGUAUGAGUUAUGAACAAAACAGAGUCAAGAAGAGAGAAUUUAAAACAGAUAGCGAAGAAGAUCUCAUAACAAUGCAGGACUUUUCUUCUACGGUGUCGUUUAGCCCUAGCUUCAGUUUCUACGUCUCGGGUGACGGUAACAUCGUAGAAACCGCCGUUAGAGUUGUCCGUGAAUCACAGAGCCACUAUUCCGUUAAAGUUGACGGCGACGACGAAUCUGAAUUCGAGUUCGAAACGUCGCCGUUACGUGAAGAGAGCUUCUUCCACUUCCCAACGGCGACGGAGAAAGAAAACGGCGCCGAUCGAGUCACAUCGGAGAAUCUUUUCUACGGUGGAUGGAACAUUGAUCACUCUCUAUCUUCGCCGUCUCAGUCGCAUUCAUCGUCGGAGUCUGACGAUCCGGAAGACCUCUCCCCGAGCAGAUACUACUGUUUCUGGACUCCGAACCGAUCUCCGGCGAGAGGAGAUACCUCCAAGAGUAAGUCUUCGAGACGUUGCCGGAUCAAGGAUUUUCUGAGGAGAAGCCACAGCGACGGAGCCGAUUCGACCACGAGCGAACCGAAACGGUGUAGUUUAAAGGAUCUUCUUCUGAGAAGAAGCCACAGCGAAGGGAAGCUUAAAACGGCGUCGCAUAAGGUUACGAACGUUGGGGAAGUGAAUAUGAGAAGAAAGACUUAUUUACCUUACAGGCAAGAUUUGAUCGGCGUUUUCGCCGGAAGGAGCAGAUUGAUCCGUCCAUAAAAAGAAAAUUUACAUAUAGCUCCUUGUUUUAAUAUUUAUUUUUGUUUUUGGCCAUGUAAAUCUUU